AUGCAAGAGCGAUUCUUCGCAACCAUCACCAACCAUGGUCUACAGGUUAGACGAGAAAUUGAAGGCGAAGGGAACUGCAUGUUCGCAGCUCUCGUCGACCAGUUGGAACGUGUCGGCAUAAACGAUUUUAACCCGAGAACGCUAAGACUAAACAUCGUAGAGUUUUUACGACGCAACCCAAGAAUGUCAGAUGGCACCGAAUUAUUCUCGUUUGUGAGUGGUGACAACAGUUGGGAGGAGUACCUGAGUCGAAUGAGCCACCAAGGUACAUGGGGAGACCACUUAGUUCUGCGCGCUGCUUCAGAGAUGUUGAAAAUGCAAAUUGGGGUAAUUUCGAGCGUAUCUGAUCGUCCUGUUACCAUCCACCCUUCUGCUGAAACCACUCAGUGCCCAAAACUCCUACUAGAACAACUCUUUGAACUACAUUACACGAACCUUGAAGAAGCCCAGCAUCAGGCAGACAGUCCCAGUAUCGGUGCUGCACACUGGGACCCAAAUGAUGCAUUUACAAACGAAAGUGUUCUUGAGAGUACCGAAAAUACCUCAGAUAAUGUGCGUGGUUCCGUAGACUUGCAGUCCCAAACAGUGUCGAUGGGAAAACCCCAUGAAGGACCCGAUGACCCAUGA